ACACUGAGAAGUGAAAUCCCUAAGUCCAUCUGUCGCCAAAUUACCAGCAUAUCAUUUCAAUUUUCCUAAUCCGACAAUGUCCGGACGUGGAAAGGGAGGCAAGGGGCUCGGCAAGGGAGGAGCAAAGCGUCACCGCAAGGUACUUCGCGAUAACAUCCAGGGAAUCACCAAGCCCGCGAUCAGACGUCUGGCUAGAAGAGGUGGAGUUAAGCGAAUUAGCGGCCUGAUCUACGAGGAGACCAGAGGAGUCCUCAAGAUAUUCUUGGAAAAUGUGAUUCGCGACGCAGUGACUUAUACAGAGCACGCGAGAAGGAAGACCGUGACAGCCAUGGAUGUGGUCUAUGCUCUGAAGAGACAGGGCAGGACUUUGUACGGGUUUGGUGGUUGAUUUCUUCAUCUAAUUGUCUGUCAUUUGUGGUUCUAGCUUUAAUUAGUUUUAACCAGGUGAUACAAUAGGCUUAGAUUCAUGAUAUUGCGGUUUAAGUUGUAUAAAAUGACGACUUUGUUGUGGUUGGAUCUCAUGCUACUAAUCCAUAUAUCAGUGCAAGAAAUGUUAAUUUGCAACUUGUAAGCUUUUCAGAGUCAAUACAGAUUUCCGCCUACUGGUUAUUUUAAGUUA